GGAAACUAACAUUUUCCGCUGGUCCCUUCCAGGCAGCUGGAAGGUGAGCACCGGAGAAGCAGAAGACACUGUCCAGGGAAACUUUACAGUGGGAACUUGAAUCGGUUCUGUUAAAGGUUCUAUCAUAAUGAAUGGAUCCAGUGUGGCAAAUACAUCACCCAAUGUAAAAUCCAAAGAGGACCAGGUGUUAAAUGGGCACGAUGAGAAAGAAAACCCAUUUGCAGAGUACAUGUGGAUGGAGAAUGAAGAGGAUUUUAACAGACAGGUGGAGGAGGAGCUGCUGGAGCAGGACUUCUUGGACCGGUGCUUCCAGGAGAUGCUGGACGAGGAAGACCAAGACUGGUUUAUUCCAUCGCGAGACCUGCCUCAGGCCAUGGGACAGUUGCAACAACAGUUAAAUGGACUAUCUGUCAGCAAUGGUCAUGAUUCUGAAGAUAUUUUGAGCAAAAGUAACCUGAACCCGGACGCCAAGGAAUUUAUUCCAGGAGUGAAGUACUGAGCUGACAGAAACUUUGAGGAGGACUUGUAUGUCCCCACAUCUGGGGACAGUGCCGCACAAAAAGGCAGAGCUGAAGGGGUGGGGAGGUGGGGUGGGCUAGGGAUGCACAAUGGGGGAGGGGAAUAGUAGUUUAACUUAACACUGUGACUGGAGUAGCUAAACGUGCUCAGUCUUACUCUACAAGCCUCUGAGUAUUUCUCUUUUGUUCUACUGACUUUCCUUUUGAGCAGUUUAUUAUUAUCAUUAUUAGGUUUUGCCUUUUUGAGUUAAGGAAAUUAUUGCAAUCCCCCCCCCCCUUUCAUCAGAAUGUUCUGCAAUGUGUGUUUAAACAGAAUAAGAUGAAUAAGCUGACCAAGAAAAUCUGGGUGUUUACACGAAUGCCCUCUCACCCUGCUGUAUGCUUGCAAGGGCAGUGAGCACCUAGAAAACUACUGAGUCUGUUAAGCUGGAUGGGA